AUGCCAGUUGAGGUGGAAGUAGAUGUAUCCACUGAUGUAACCACUGCAAAUACUAGCAAACAUUCAUAUUUGAGACAAAUUUCCGGUGGAGUAACUGUUCCAGUGGUACAAGAUAAUUUUCUCGAACGGUACCAAUUAGUCAGCAGCAAAGGGAGAACAUCUGGCAAUAUGGUGGAAUCACAUGAUUCCUGCUAUUCGAGCUGUUCGGAAGAAUCGCAUAGCUCGUUAUCGCGGGAAUCAUCGGAUAGCAUUGCGAAGAAAAUUGAACAAAUAAGUGUGGCUCGUAGGGAAUUGAAUGCGGUAGAUACAGGAAUUGAACAGCAAUAUCUUUCGAAACAUAGAUUUCUUCAGAACAUAGACUUCGCAACGCGACUCGGAUAUUCUAUGGAACAAUUGGAGACUGUCCUUGGAAAGCUUGGAAUGAGUGCCAGACAGGAUCAGAUACUUGAUGAACUGAUCAAGUUUGGACCUGGAAUGAUGGAUCGAGGUUUGAAAAUGGUUGAAACCAGAUCACCAAACACACUCACCACAGAACUUCGCAGUAUCGUUAUCGAUGGUUCCAACAUCGCUAUAACACACGGCCGCAAAGAGAUAUUUUCUUGUCGUGGUAUACGCGAGUGUGUGCAAUUUUUCCGUAAUCGCGGUCAUACGGACAUAAUUGUUUUCGUUCCGCAGUUUCGACGUGAAUCAGCUCGUUCGGAUUGUCCAAUCACGGAUCAGUAUAUACUUUUCGAACUGGAAAAAGAAAAUGUCGUAGUAUGGACACCAUCGCGUCGCAUCAAUGGUCGUCGGAUUGUGUGUCAUGAUGACCGCUAUAUCCUGAAGACAGCGGAAGAAAAGGAUGCAGUAAUAGUAAGUAAUGAUGAGUAUCGAGAUUUAAUCAAGGAAAAUCCACAGUAUCGCACGCUGGUCGAUGAAAGGCUUUUGAUGUAUUCAUUCGUUGAUGGCAGGUUUAUGCCACCCGAUGAUCCACUUGGAAGACAUGGACCAAGGUUGGCAGAAUUCUUGACGAAGGGGAAUCGACAAUCUCAAUCUCAAGUUUGUCCGUAUGCACGGAGAUGUACAUAUGGGAAUAAAUGCAAGAUACCACAACCAUUUCCAGAUGAUACAUCCCAACCAAUUGCAAUUCCUCAUGAACUUAUGGACCAUCCAGCGGUCACUCCAACACAAAGCUUGAAUAUAUCAGCAUCGAAGAAAAUGACUACAUAUGACGACGAUAAGAGGCAGAUGCGGGACUCAAUGAAUUAUUAUCAGAAGGAAGCAACGCAACUCCUAUCUCCUCUACCGCCCUCUCAACUUUCUGUUUCUAGUUUCCAACAAACAACCGCUCCAUUUCUACAGAAUCUACCACUAUUACUAAGCUGGACUCAUCAAAUUAGAGACCAGGAUUGCUCCGCCUUAUCGAAUGAUUCCCCAAAAGUGGCAAAUCCAAAGCCUUUCUUACCCUUACCGCCUAUAAUCAGACGUAAUUCUUCUGCAACAAAUCUUGCCCAUUAUUGUUACAGUAGCACGACAAUACCUCCUGCUUAUCAACCCUACCCAUACAUCAGACUUACCCUACCGGAAUGGCAAGUUUCCUUCAAAGCGCUUUUAAUUUCUCCUUUCCAUAAGACUGCAAAAAACAAUAAGAACUGA